GACGAGAUCAGUGGGCCGACAGCCGUUGGUCCGACCUCUUCCAGCAGGCCACCUGCUCCUUCCCUCGACUCUCACGAUGACCAACAGACGUCAGCGGCCGAGGGUUCUGGUGACCAAGAGUCAUCUAAGCAGGGCUCGGAGGACAAGACCGCUCGUCCAACCAGCAUCCGCAAACGUCGGCCCAAGAAGAAGAGUAAAGCAUCUUUCCAGCGUAGCGAAGAGGUGCUACCAGCGCAUAUCCAUCCAAGUGAGAAGGCAACGAUUUCGGGUUACACUGCCCCCGGAGUUGUUGCCGAGGGUGCUGGUUUUGGAGGUAUCGCAGCCAGCAGUGCACAGACUCUUCGUUCAAGUCCAGCAGCUGGAGGAUCGAAGAGUUUGGCUCUCGGUUCCCAACUCCGACAAGGCACAUCGGCAGCCCAAAAGCGGGACCUUCUAGCGCUCGACAUGUAG